AUGGCUGCCCAGUGUGUGGGCUGCAAUGUGCUGUUAUUGUUUUUUGGCUGCCACAGCAUAGCAAGUGUGGGCUAUGUGAACAGGCCAUGUGCUUGCAGGGCUCUAAUGUGGGCUUAUCAUUUUCUCUUCUUUGAGGAAAUGUGUGUGUGUACGUGUGGUUCACCAAGUGAAUGUAUCUUUAUAUCACUCAUUGCUGCACGCCAUCAGGCUAUUAAAGCAUUGAUGGUUGAUAAAAAGAAGGAUGAAAUAGUAGAAAGCUGUAAAAUUCUGAGUAAGCUUGUAGCUUAUACAUCAAAAGAAUCUUGCCCGAGUAUUGAAAAAGCAGCCAAACUGUCUUAUGUGAGACUACGUCUCUUGAAUGUUGACAAGAAUAAUUGUCUUCGAGGUGACAUAUUAAAGAAGGCAAUAGAAGCUGAUAUAAGGGAAGGGUAUGUUCCAUUCUAUGUAGCUGCAACACUUGGUACAACCACAGUGUGCUCAUUUGAUAAUGUAAAGGAAAUUGCUCAAGUCUGUAGUGACUACUCUCUUAUCUGGCUCCAUGUAGAUGCAGCAUAUGCAGGCAAUGCUUUUAUUUGCCCAGAAUUUAGAUAUUUGAUGAGUGGUAUCGAAUAUGCACGAUCAAUAAAUGUCUGUCCCAGCACAUGGUUUCUAGUCAAUUUUGACUGUUCAUGCCUGUGGGUCCAGAACUAUCAACACCUUAUUGAAUCGCUGGCAGUAAACAAAUUGUAUUUGCAAGAUGACUGGGAAGAUGAAACUGUAGAAUUUCGUCAGUGGGGUAUACCACUCUCUCGGAGAUUCCGGGCUCUAAAGCUGUGGCUUGUAUUGAGAUGCUAUGGUAUUAAUGGAAUACAAUACCAUAUUAAGAGACAUUGUCAUUUAGCCAAACUCUUUGAGUCCUACAUAAAGAAAGAUAAGCGUUUUAUACUGAUGAAUGAUUGCUUGUUGCGUCACAGUUGCUAUCAUCUACUACAGAGCCCGAAACAAUUAACUAUUUGUCAAGUCAAUACAGACCACACAAUUACAAGCAGAGCAAACCAAAAUAAAAUAGAAAUAGGCUUUAUAACCUUAAAGGAGCAGCUGUUAUUUCAGUCAUAA